AUGCCAAACCCAUUCGACCUUGCUCCCGAUCUCCAGGCUCUACUGAGUAUUGAGACUUUCCAGGGCAAAUUCACCACCAAAGACUUUGUGGAAAAGGCUACGAAAAAUCUCCUUCCCUAUACAAGCCCCAAAGCUUUUAAUCCAAAACCGCUUAUUCGAACAUUUGAGGCUUCGAUCGAAGAGCUACAAAAACUUCGGCAGACUGUACAACAGCAGAGCGAUGACUUGGAAGGAAGCGUACAAUUUACGGAAGCAGCUCACCGGAAGAAAUUACAAGAACUUAAUUCGACCUUUGAGGAAGUCGUCCGGUCCUUUGAAAAUCUGGAAACCCGAAUAAAUGAAGUUGGAAAUACGGCAAUCAGAAUUGGCGAACAACUUGAGACUAUAGACAGGCAGCGACUGCGUGCUUCAGAAUCAAAGCAAUUAAUAGAGUAUUUUAUGGCAUUCAAUCGUG